CACCUCACGUGGCAUAGCUAUCUCUGCCCACGUGCCCUGGCCGUACUUGUUUUAAGCAGACUUUAUUAUAUGGCCUGUAGAGUACAAAAAUUAACAACUACCAUCUGAUAACCAUGGUGCGGCCUCGAUCCAGAAAAGAUGUCCGAGACGGCCGGUACAAGGGUGUCCGGAUGAGGAAAUGGGGCAAGUGGGUGGCGGAAGUCCGCCAGCCCAACAGCCGCGACAGGAUAUGGCUGGGAUCCUACGACACGGCGGAGGAGGCCGCCAGGGCUUACGACGCCGCCGUAUUCUGCCUACGCGGCCAAUCCGCCGUCCUCAAUUUUCCAGAGGAACCGCCGGAAAUAGUGUCGGCGAAUGAGCUUUCGCCGUCGCAAAUUCAAGUCGCCGCAUCGAAGCAUGCCCGAAGAUCGCCGGCCGGAUCUCUGGAGACGGCGCUGAGACAGCCGCCGCCGGAAAACAUGUUCUUCCACGAACCUAUUGAGCUUGGGAAUUCUUCUUUCAGUCAGUUCCGGGAAGGAGAGGAAUAUCUCGCGACGGAGGAGAGUAGCAGAGCCGGAGGCGAUGACUCCGCCGGCGGCGGCGCUAGCUUCAUCGAGUCUCGUAUAUGGAGUUUUUGAACUUUGUUGCUAUUUUAUUCCCACUCGUCAUCGUUACUGUUAUUCUCACACGUAAGAAAGAAUUCAGACAUUCUUUAAUCAGAA